AUGGAUCCUAUCAAAUACUUGCUUGAGAAGCCUAUAUUGUAUGGACGAACGUCAAAAUGGCAGAUGUUGGUCUCCGAGUUUGAUAUUACGUACAUCACGCAAAAAUCUGUUAAAGGAAGAGCAAUUUCCGAUCAUCUGGCAUCACAUCCUCUCCUCAACAAUACUGAGUUGAAGAUCGAUUUCCCAUACGAAUGGGUGAUGUGCGCUGAUAUAGCCGAAGAUAGGCCAUGGAAGAUGUACUUUGAUAGCGCCCACAACAAACAAGGAAGGGAUGUAGGGGCACUUCUAGAUUCACCAGAAGGUAUCCGUACACCUAUUGUUAUCAGGCUAUGUUUUACAUGCUCUAAUAAUGUUACAGAAUAUGAAGCCCGCAUAGCUGGAUUGGCAGCUGCUAUUGAAAUCAAUGUCAAAAGUAUCAUAGUGUACGGAGAUUCACUACUGAUCAUCAAUCAAAUCCAAAAUGAGUGGACAGUUAAUGAGCAGUUAUCCCAAUAUCAUACAUACCUUGAAGAGCUCACAAAACAAUUCGUUCAAAUCGAGUUCCACCGCAUCUACAUGUUUGAGGGAAAAAACUGA